AUGCAACAAGCUUCCGUCGUUCCAGUGUCCUUUUUGUCCUUGGAGGGCAAAGGUGAAGAGUUCACUGAAACGUCAUAUGGCAACUCAACAUUCCCAGAGCCACCUGACGGUGAAGAUGAUCGGAUAUUCCGAUGCAACAACUGUAUGAAAGCCUACAAACGCAAGGGACAUCUCAAUCAGCAUAUUCGUUACGAGUGCAACAAGGACCCGCAGUUCGCCUGCCAUCUUUAUCCAAGAAUACUGUUCUUUAUGGAGGAUGGAGAAGAACGGUUCAGGUGUUCCACUUGCAACCGCAUCUACAAGAGGAGACCUGUCAUCAUACGCCACCUGCGAUACGAAUUCGCUGCUCCUGCUACGGUCACCAGCAUGGAUGGAUCGCAGCGUUUUGGCUGUUCCAACUGCGGAAGAUCAUACAAACACAAGUACAACUACCAUCGACACUUGCGCUACGAGUGUGUACAGUCAAGGCAGUUUCCCUGUUCAAUGUGCUCCUAUAAAGCCAACUACAAACAGGCUCUGGCCAACCACAUCGCUUACAGGCACAGCCAGUUAUCUCAGUCUCAAUUAAACAUUGAGGAGUCAGUGUCCAAAGCUGUUCAACGCCUGUGUCGACGCGAACCUGAAGAAGUUCUUGUGCAACUCCUGUGGCAAGCGUUACAAGUGGAAAGGGGAUCUGAACCGGCACAAGAAGUACGAGUGCAACACCCCUCCCCAGUUCGCUUGUCCUCACUGUCCGCACAGGAGCAGGCACAAACAGGACAUGAAGACACACAUAGCACUCAAACAUACUGUCUACAUGGAGAUGAAACACGACAACAUGUCUGUGAUGUCUGCGGACGGAGAUAUAAGCAUCAGAGUCACUUGAUACGUCAUAAGAACUACGAGUGUUCUGGUGUGCAGCCUCAGUUCUCCUGUCCAUAUUGUGAUCACAAAGCCAGACCCACGAACCAGUGUCCAUCCUGUGACAAGAAGUUCAAACACAGGACAAACCUUCUUCGUCAUUUGAGGUUUGAGUGCAACCGAGAGCCGAGGUAUUCUUGUUCCGAAUGUCCUUACCGUGGCAAGUACAGACAACAUCUUCAACGUCAUAAGAUGCACCGUCAUCCGAAUAGUCAGAAAGGGUUGUCAGAUGUUAGUAUGAAGAAUCAGCAGUUGCAGUCAAGUGGUGUCAGUGGAGACAACUGUGUUGUAAAAUUAGUAGGUGGCCAACCCCGAUACUUCUGCUCAUGUGGCCGCAGUUACAAGCUUAAGGGAGGAUUGCAGAAACAUCAGCGCUACGAAUGUGGGAAAGAACCCCGAUUCUCUUGUCCUCACUGCCCUUACAAAGCUAAGCAGAAAACAAGCCUUACUUCACACAUGAUGUUUAAGCAUAAAACGACUGUUAUAUGGUACAGUGACAAGCCUCACAUAUGCCCUACCUGUGGCAAGCGCUAUAUGCACAAGCGUCACCUCAUUCGCCACGAGCGUUACGAGUGCGGGAAAGAACCUCAGUUUGCCUGUGGGGACAGCUUCCUAGUAAAAGUAGUAGAUGGUAAACCACGAUACUUCUGCUCUUGUGGCCGCCAUUACAAACGUAAGGGAGGAUUAAGCCAACAUCAGCGCUACGAAUGUGGGAGGGAACCCCAAUUCUCUUGUCCUCUCUGCCCUUACAAGGCUAAACAGAAAACAAGCCUCACCUCACACAUGAUGUUUAAGCACAAACAAACAGCUGCGCAAGGAAUUUUAGGGUCUUAAGGAACUUUUUGAGGUGUA